UUCACUGUGAAGUAUACUAAUGAAAAUCUACAAAUUUGUCCUGCUGUGCAUUGUACUGUUGAAAUCGGUGAAUGGUAAACGUGACCAGCAAGUGGUACAAGAACAACAGAAAAGAUCGUUGACCAAUAAACAGUUGCAAAUCAUCUUAGUUUAUGAUGAAGAUUUAGAACAGAAUCGAGCCUUUCCGAAAAUAAAGGAAGCAAUGCAGAGUGCUUCAAGUUAUUGGGAGAAAACACUGAAGGUGAAGAUAGACAGUGAGAAACCAGUGCAUUUGCCAAGAGAAUGUUCGAAUGAAGGACACUUUGUAGAAAUGAAAAAGAAUAUUCCAUCUUGCCGGAAUUCGAAAUGUAAAAAACAUACACUCAUUCAAGGUGUAAAGAUUCCUAACAAAUAUUUGUCGUCGUGCUAUCAUGAAGAAAACCGAAUAUAUAGAAAAGUUUAUUCAGAAGGCAGUGGGAUAGCUCCCAAUCAGUUAUUGAUAAUUUUGACGGGCUCAAGUAGAACACCGCGUGAUAAAUGCUCAAAUAUUCAUGCUGCACGUGUUGCCACACAUCCAACUACUGGGAGGCCUUUUAUGGGCGUAUUGAAUUAUUGUCUGCCUGAGGAAGAAUUGAUCACAAUUACGGAUGACAAGUUGAUCAAUUUAAUAAAGCGUGAGCUAGCUCAUCUACUUGGAUUUCAUCCUUCAAUUUUUGGGUCGGAAAAGUUUAUGUCAGCGAAAAUUCCAUCUGUUCAAAACAUAACGCUAUCUUGGCUAUCAACUAAAGGAACCUACAAAAUACAAAAGAAAAUUCUCAGUCUACCAAAGAUGCUGAAGGAAGCAAGAGAACAUUUCGACUGCAGCCAACUACAAGGAAUCGAGCUGGAUGAAAACCAUUUGAGUCACAGAGUAAUGGGAAAUGAUUUGAUGACACCUUAUCCAUUGGAAUCAAAACGUGUUUCAAGAAUAACUCUGGCUUAUUUCGAGGAUAUAAACAUGUACGAUGUCGACUAUUCUAUGGCCGAUGAUUUCAAAUGGGGAAAAGGCUUGGGCUGUGAUUUCGUGUUGAAGAGCUGUUAUGAAUACAUCAAGGACAGAAAAAGCAGAGGACAAGAUAUUGAGCCCUACUGUGAUAUUCCGAACGAACCAAAAUGCGCCGGUUAUGAAAACGGGAUUGGUGGUUGCCUUCUAUAUGAACACGGCAAACAAUUAAACGAAACGUUUCAGUAUAUGGAUAAUUUGUUCCCUUUUACUGCCAAACAAAAAGAGAAAUAUGGUGGCCAUAUGGCUUUUGACUACUGUCCAGUCCUCAUAAUUCAGCCAGGUGUAAAUGGUAGUUCACUCCUGUGCGAGGAGAAAGAUGAUUUAAAAACAGAUUCAAUGCUAAACAUGUUUAUGGAAUAUAGGGGUCCUAAUUCAGGUUGUUUUAAUGAUGAAACACAAACAUAUGUUAACAAAUCUGGAACUUACACUAUAAAGAAGAAAUCAUCUUGUCAUAAAUUCCAAUGUUCAAAAAAUAUUGGUGUUCAAGUGAUAUUUAACGAAAAGGCAUUUCAGUGUCCUGUUGGUGGUGGUCCACUACAUAUGGAGCAACAAUUGGGAAGUGGAAAUGCUUUCAUCGAUAUACAAUGUCCAAAGUGCACGUCAUUGUGUAAGGAAUAUUGUCCAAAGUGAAAGAAAACCGCGUGGAACAACAUUCUUCUAGUUGUUGUCGAGAGAGAAACCCAUUAAUAGAUUUGAAUAAUGAACACUGUUUGGAGGUAUCUGUAUUUUGAACACUAAAUGAUAGCUUACCUUAACUUGACAUAAACUUAGUAUGUAUAAAUUAACUACGUUAAAACAUGUAUCGCUUGAUCAAUCUAUCAUAUUUUGGUGUUGAUUUUGAUUGUUCUUUAUAUGGUAAAGUCAAUGAGUGUUAAAUGUUAAUACAAUAAUUUGAGCAG